UAUUGGUGUAAGUGCAUGAGAGUUACUCUUCCUCUUAACUCUUCUCUGCUCGACUCUCCCUCUGUUUCUCACUUCAGAGGAAAGAUGCAGUUGCUGGACUUCUGUCUGAUUCUUCUGCUCAACGCUGGACGAGUUGCCGCCCAGAACGAUGCAAGUGGAAAUGUGUGUUACAUUCUGGACGGGAUUCUGAUCAUUUACGGCGUCGUUUUGACCAUCCUUUACUGCAGAUUGAAGAUGAUUUCGUCUCAAAGCAGCUUCUCAAAGAAAGGAGACGGAGACAUCUAUCAGGAUCUGGGCCGUCGUGAUCAGGACACCUACGACACUCUUCAUGGGAUGAAGAAAAAGCCUCUGGCCUGAAGCUGUUCCUGAGAACGCCGGCCUGCUCUGUUCAUAAUGAAGCUUCGUUAAUCUCUGUCCUCGUCAUCAGCAUGUGUCUUUGAGACAGACGUCAUGGUUAAUCUGUAAAAUAUGUGUGUAAGGCUCUUUAUGCUAACAUAAUAAAAUUAUAUUUCUAACUA